AUGGACAAAACUAAUAUAAAGAAUGUAGCAGGGGGAAAAAAUAAGGAGCUUCCGGAAACACCAGAAAGUGAUAAUUUAGAUAGAAACGUUUUUGAAACUUUAAAAAACGUUUUUCUCGAAGAACAAGAAAAUAAUAAAAGAAAAUAUGAAGAGUUAUCAGAUCAUCUAGAUAAAAUGAAAACAUAUUUUGAUGAAAAAAUUAAUUCCCUUAAGAAUAAUACACAUGAAAAUUUUGAAGAGUUAAAAUAUUAUUUAGACAACUUAAAUAAAAAAAAUAAAGAUACUAUUUCAGAAAGUAAUACAUUCCAAGAAAAUAUAGAUGCUAUACAAAAUGAUAUAUCUAAAUUAAAAAAGGAUAAGGAGGAAAAUACAAAUCUUAUAAAAUCAAGCAUUAGAACAUAUUUUGACAAAAUGAAAAAUACUUUAAAUCUUAUGAAUACACAUAUAGAAAAGGUGAAGGAAGAGUUUACUAAUUAUAAAGAAAACAAUGAAAUAGAAAAUAGAAAGAAGAACAUAGAAAUUUUACAGCUAAUAAAUGAAGAAAAUGAAACAUUAAGGAAGAGUAUGGAAGUGUCUCUGAAUAAUAUAAACAAUGAUAUUAAAGAUGUUAAGGAACAUAUUACUAAUUUUAAGGAAUAUGUAGAAAAACGAAUAAAAGACAUAAACAAUAUAAUGGAUAUGAAUAGGAAAGAAAUUGAUGAAAAAAUUGAGCAUAUAUAUAUGAAUCAAAAAAAACUCAUGGGAGAUUUUUAUCCGUAUAAAAAAAAUUAA